AUGCUGGGCAACGGCAGUCUCAUCAUCCGGCGCGUGGAGGCCGCGGAUGAAGGCCUGUACUUGAGAAAUUUGAGCUGUAGUUUGGGUGAUUGUGAGAACAAGGAGGUUUUGGUGUUCCGGGAGCUGGCGGAGCGUCACUCCGGGACAUACUCCUGCGUCGUGACCAACAUUGCAGGAACUGCCAACCAAACCGCCACUCUCAAAGUUAAGGUUUCCCCUCGCUGGGUGGUAGAGCCAGUCAAUGUGAGGGGACAGGUGGGGGCGAUAGUCCCCCUUCACUGCCAGGCUAGAGGGGUGCCGCCCCCCACCAUUACGUGGAUGAAAGCUGCCGGAACGGAACCUCAAAAUUUCCAACCCCUUCCAAUGGGUGUUGUCACCGCGGACCCAUACUCCAGCGUGCUGGGGAUCUCAUCAGCCCAUCCCCCUGUUGUGGGCAGCAACGGCACGCUGUACUUGGGGCGGCUGGAGAAGCGCCACGAAGGCUGGUACUUGUGCCAAGCCAGCAACGGAGUGGGACAGGUGCUAUCCCAGCACAUCCAGCUGACUGUACUGGCUGGUGCCCAGGUGGUGUCAGUGGGUGGGCAGUUGACUGCGCCUGCUGGGCAGACGACACAGCUGAGGUGUGAGGCUCAGGGCGAUCCGCCUGUGACCAUCAGCUGGACCACAGCUGGACGACCAGUCAUCACGUCUGACAGAGUAUCCAUCGAAGAGAGCAACAGCGCUGCGAACACUGUAGUGUCGGAGCUGACAAUACGUCAUGUGAUGGCUGCUGACGCCGGCCACUACACCUGCACUGCUGUGAACAACCAUGCUGCUGACAGCGCUACCUACCGACUCCUGGUAUUAGAACUUCCACACCCGCCGUCUGGGGUGACGGUGAGCCCCAGGGGCAGCAGGGCAGUGCUGGUGCGGUGGUUCACUGAACACACGGGGACGCCUGUAACGCUUCAGUACAGGGUUCUCACUAAUGACGGUAUCGACAACGGCUUAUGGACGAAUGUGAGCAUCGAAAAACCUGAAGCUGGUGACACCCAAGGUGGUUCACAAACAUUCCAGCUACGAGACCUACAGCCAGCUUCUCGAUACCAGCUGCAGGUUUUGGCUCGAAAUCAAUUGGGCACUUCUGCUCCAUCUGACAUCGUCACUUUUGUGACAUGGGAAGAAGGUUCGCUGGGUGGGGAGCAGUACACCGUGCGGGGACUCGAGCCCGGAGCGCUCUACGAAGUCGCGGUCCGGGCCUUCAACCGCGCGGGCAGCGGUCCGCUCUCAUCACCCAGGAUCAUACGGGCUACACUGCCUGCUCCCCCCCGCUGCCCCCCCACUGGAGUGACGUGUCGGGGUUCAGGUCCCUCGUUGGUGAGAGUCACGUGGGACCCUCCCUCGGCCUCAUGCUCGUCUCCCCUCGAGAUGGGGUACAGCCUCACCCUCACCCCCAGCCCGAACUCACCAUCGUUCCAUCGCAACUAUGGAAGUAUCGAGGCCACGACGACGAACCUGGAGAAGAGCGUCUCAGGCUUACCGCCCGCCAGCAACGUGAGCGUGCGCGUGCGAGCUGUUAAUGAACGCGGCACUAGCGCCCCUUCUGCUGCCGUACACUGCACCACUGCUGAUGGUGUGCCAGGUCCCCCAGCAAGAGUGAAGGCGGUGGCCACCAGCCCCACGUCUGUGGUGGUGAGCUGGUCGCCCCCUGCACCGAGUACAGGAACCAUCCUGCACUACACCAUCCACACGCACUCACCAGCACAGGGUCGUCAACGCGAGGUGGUGGGGGGCGGGCUGGGUCAGCCCACGUGGCGGGAGGUGCCGGCUCUCUUCACUGGCACGCCACUUCAGUUAAUAAUGUUUAUUUUUGUGACCGCGACAUCAUCUGCAGGGGAAGGCCCUUCUUCCCCAGUCGUACAAGUGACUCCCCAGCUUCUGGGGGAACAGCCUCUCCUUAUUCUGACGGGGGAGGAGGUGUGGGGGGUGCUCAAGGGGGGCUCAGUAACCCUGGGGUGUAGGGUUCUGGGAACCCCACACCCCAACCUACGUUGGAUGAAAACCAACCCCAACGUCAGGGGCAGCACCGGGGUUGGGGGAAGUGUACAAGUAGGAGGGUCUGAAAAUGAGAAAAUAUUACUUGGAGGAGACCUGCACAUAUCAGACAUCCAGGAGUCAAGUAACUACUCUUGUCACGUCCACAACUCGGCGGGGUCUGACCACGUCACCCACGCCGUCCUGGUCGUCACGUCCCCGUCAGCGCCGCUGCUCAGGGUGGUCCACACGUCACACUCGUCCCUCAACAUCUCCAUCGUCACCCAGGAGGACGGAGGCGCUCCUGUUCUGGGCCACACAAUCUACUACCGGCAACCAUCAGGAUCGUGGGAGGAGUUGUCCGUAGUCCCAGGUCCGGAGUCUGGCCACAGCAGCGCGGUUCUCAACUACCUACCGUGCGGUACUCAGUUCCACAUCUACGGUACGAGUGUCAACACACACGGUACCUCACCAGCCAGUGCCGUGCUGGUCACAACCACGGCUGGCAAGACUCCUGGAAGACCUGCUGUCAAUGAACUCAUUGAAGUAAAUGAGACGUGUAUCACGUUGAGGCUUUACACCUGGCCUGAGCGAGGAUGUCCCAUCACAUCAUGGAAGGUGGAGCAGCAACAUGAGGACGGACAGUUCCGGGACUGGCAGAUCAUCGGGUCUCCCAUCACUCGGGACACACAAGAUAUCGGUCUGUGUGGGAUCAGGGACGGCUCUCGGUACCGGUACCGCAUUGCGGCCAUGUCUGAACCGGGACCUACUACUGCCAUAUACCGGGUCAUCUUAGACCCAGUCGAUCCUUUUGACAGUUCACGGAGGACAAGUUCAAUCCAUGAAGUUUCGAUAGCUGAGCCCGGUUCCGAUGGUUCGAUCUUCGACGUUCACUUCAUCGCUGGCGCUAUCAGCGCGGUUCUGCUCACAGCCGCCUGCGUGAUCUGCGUCAGCCUUGCAUGCUUGCGACGUCACGUCUUCUUCAGGAGACAGCGCCCUCUGAGCACCAGCAGCAAGGAAGAGCUCAGCAGUAGUAAGAUUUAUGCGUCUUUGAGGUCCACCAAAGGAAGAAAAUCUUCUGUGUCGACGCCUGUUAAAAGUGGCAAGAGCAAAAGCAUCGCUUCACUUGGCUCCCAGGACUCCUACGGAAAUGAUUCCUAUGAAAUUUGUCCCUAUGCCACUUACGGUCAGGAGGACCAAGCGACGCUGCAGUACGGGCUGAGCGUGCACUCACAGAUCUCAGGCACGCGCGAGUGUAUGGCGGCGGCGCGGACCUGGGACGAGACUGACGUCAGCUUUAAAACAGAGAGAAAUCCUGACAAAAGGAGCCUCCGGCGACCUCCUGCCGAUUCCAAGCAGCGCGAACCCACAGAUGGGGAGCUUUGGGUGCACAUGGAGGACCCCGAGAGCUACGAUGGCGAUGUCAAUCCUCCGUGCAAGACAGACGAGUCCAGCUCUGAAGGAUAUGGCGGCCGGCAGACGCCGUUCCCGCAGUUCGAGCGGCAGCACUAUGAGCCGGUGCAGCGGCGGCAACAGUAUGGCUUUGAUCAACAACAAAUAAAGCCACGGCCGCAACAGAAACUUCCCACUAUGGCUUCCGAUGUAGUCAAGGCCAAAAAAUAAACUUUUAAACUAGUACGAUGUUUGUGAUAAAUUGUCGGCCAAAACAAUAAUUGUCGAUAAUGUACUCGUUUGCAAUUCGGCCUGAUAACUUCACUGGUCGUGAAUUCUUUGUAACACUCGAAUGUUCAUAAAUGAUCGAUGUCUCCAAUGUUCAUAAAUGAUCGAUGUCAUGAACGUUGAUUUUGUGUCUUCCCUAUGCCUGGAAACGUUUCUCAUUCUCACCCUGUCGUGUUAAUGUUAUUACUCCUAUAAUUUCCCGCUGAAUCAAGGCAUCCGCUGUUAUUAUGUGUUGAAUUUGGCUUCAAUGAUAAAUUCGAAUAUACUAUUUCUCAAAACGUUAAUACUGAAUUGUUUACAAAAAUACAUUUUCAUGUGCGUCUAUCACAAUGAUGUAAAUAUUAUUGAAUUUAUGAGACUUUGAACUCAAAUCUCCCUUCGAAGACAUUUCAUCUAUCAGGUCCCAUAUGAAUAGUCCUUUGGCCCAAGAACGACUGAAAGCUUAAGUUCAGAACCUAGGACUUAGGAGCACACCCAUCUCGUAGAAAUAAAAAAAGUUGCAAUUAAAAGACGCUAGCAACCUUGUAAAUACCAUUUAAUAUGUUUUAAGUUACAACGAUUAAAUAAAUUUUACAAGAAAAUAAUAUGUUCACUAUCGAUGUUUAGUUAUUUUCCAACUACUCUAUAAUAAUUCCCAUAUGCAUAAACAACCAAUUAUUACUCGCUUGGGAACACACAGUAUUUCCUACUAAUGACACGACUGAUUUUCUUUAGUUUAAAGAAAAUAGACAGUAAAUUUUAUCGGCUACUUAUCUACUUUACCAAAUUUUAA